AUGGCGAGGAACCCCGGAUAUAACGCUCCUCCAGCCACGAGAAGACAUCAACCGUCGUUCAAUCAAUCGUCCCAGGUGAUAGCUCCGUGGAAGCUCUGGGACUCACUGGCGAUCACUGUCAAAAACCUCACAGAAGAAAUCAACGCGUUCAUCCUCUGGUCAGCAUUCCAAGAGCACGGGAAUAUUUACUCAAUCGAUAUCUUUGAGGAUGCCCAGGGAAACAGAGAGUCAAAAGGCAGGAUACGAUUCAAACCACCUCCUAAAAAGGAGUUCUGGAACAGACCAUAUCAAAUCAGCCUGCAUGAUGGCCGUAAAUUCACCAUCUCCGUUGCGCUCGACCAGAACCGCUUGGAUCCGCAUGUUCCCAGCCCAACCCCUCGUGACAUACAAUAUCCUGCCGAAUCGAAAAUGCCAAUCUCCAGCAUGGAGAUCGGCGUCCUGUGCGGCGAGACGACAAUGCUGCCUAUGCGCUCAGUCAAUUUCAGCAACCCCAGACCUUUGAUUCUCGAUUUAAGGGGAAGGGCCUUAUGGAUCUACUUCGACCUUGCAAUUUCUCAUGUGCGCAAGGAGAGGUUGGAAGUCGUCAAACAAGAGUAUCGACUCAAAAUCCCUUUGGUCCAGCUCACUCGGAUUUUCCAGACACAGGAUUCAAAGUCCGGAGACAUAGUGCACUUCAUCUUCCUGGAUUCGCCUCCAAUUUACCAGCGUCGGAUUAAAAACGUCGAGAAUACCUUCAUAGACGAUCUUAACUGGAGAGAGUCCGACACCUGGUUCCGACAGACACAUAUCGUCCAUAACCCACACGAACACGCUUCCCUUCCAAUCGGCCUGAAAAAGAUCAAGCCAGUUGUCGAUAUCGGCCGAUGGAACGCCCUCAGGAUAACGUACUCAAAUACGGUCUCGAAGACAAAAGACUUCGCAUUGCUUUGCGACGUUCUGAAUGACUACAAUAUCAAGAUUGAGCAUACCGAUCGGUUCACUCUCUGGGAUAAGGACGAGCAGAUACCGUCUCCGAUCUGGCAGUGGAUUGAUCCUACAGAUUCUCGCCCAUCCGCAGAGUCCUCCAUGGCAUUAGUAGAUCUUAUAGAUCAUGACUACAUCCAUCUUCCGUUCUCAGUGCGCUAUCAACUUGAAGUUUGUAUCUCCAACGGGUACCUCUCCGAAUAUGCAAUGACCCGGGAGUUCGCUGUCAAGCUGUCCGAACUCGGGGAGACACAAGCGACAAAGCUCCUGGAGCACGUGGCAACCCAGAAGCGAGUAUAUUAUGAUCCCAUGAAAAUUUUCGAUUUGAAGUUCAUCAAAGGAGCCACAAAUGCAAAGAUCCCUCCAUACUGUUGCUACAUCCGUUCGGCUCGGGUGACACCAAGCACGGUGUACUACGAGACACCAUCAAUGGACAUGUCCAAUCGCAUAAUCCGCCACUACAUUGAGUAUGCUGAUCGUUUCCUCCGAGUUCGCUUUACAGAUGAGAAGCUGCUUGGGCGUAUCUACUCGACCACUGACAACACCAUGGACGAAGUAUUCACUCGUGUCAAGAGAGCACUGGCCAACGGUAUCGUCAUCGGAGACAGGCGUUAUGAGUUCCUGGCGUUUGGGAACUCCCAGUUCCGCGAGCACGGCGCCUAUUUCUUUGCUCCACUGCCCAAUCUCACUGCUGCGAAUAUCCGGGCCUGGAUGGGACACUUUGAUGACAUUCGCAACGUUGCAAAGCACGCCGCAAGGCUGGGACAGUGCUUUUCAACCACUCGUGCAAUCUUUGGCUGUCCCAUCAAAGUACAGGAGAUUGAUGACAUUGUGCGCAAUGGAUACAGGUUCUCAGAUGGUGUCGGGAGGAUCUCGAAAUUUCUCGCUCAAAUGGUGAUGUCCGAACUGAAGAUCAAAACGCCCAGUGGCGAACCUCCCUCCGUCUUCCAAUUCCGCCUCGGGGGGUGCAAGGGAAUCCUAACCGUUUCUCCUCAAGCGCAGCGUCAGGAGGUCCACAUAAGAAAGAGCCAGGCUAAGUUUACUGCGACUCACAACGGACUCGAGAUCAUCCGGUGGUCUCAAUUUACCGCCGCAAGUCUGAACAGGCAGCUCAUUAUAGUGCUGUCGACCCUUGGAAUUCGGGAUAGAAUCUUCCACGAGAAACUCAGGGCCGUCUUAUGGGGACUUAACGAGGCCUUGAAGAACGAUGCAAAGGCUAUCCAUCUGCUCAGGAGAUACGUUGACCCCAACCAGAGGACUCUCACCAUUAGCCAAAUGGUAGUUGAUGGUUUCAGACGAACAGAGGAGCCCUUUGCGACAUCCGUGCUGACGCUGUGGAGAGCGUGGCAUCUCAAAUAUCUCAAGGACAAGGCCAAAAUUACCAUCGACAAAGGGGCUUGUGUUUUUGGCUGCAUGGAUGAAACCGGAACUCUUAAAGGCUACUUCCAUGAGAAGAUACCGGACAGGGACGCCCCAUUCGAGCAACGAUUUGCUGCUCUGCCCGAAAUCUUCCUGCAGAUUCCCAAUCAAGAUAAAGGAGGCAAGUACGAAGUCAUUCAGGGCAUGUGCAUUCUCGCCCGCAAUCCGUCCCUUCACUCUGGGGACAUCCGAGUUGUGAAGGCUGUCGACGUCCCGGCCCUCCGCCACCUCCAAGAUGUAGUGGUGCUACCUCAAACCGGUGACAGAGACAUUGCAAGCAUGUGCUCUGGCGGAGACCUGGACGGGGAUGAUUAUGUUGUGAUCUGGGAUCAGGAUCUGAUCCCUAAGGACUGGUUCCGACCCCCGAUGAACUACACGACCAACAAAGCCCGCGACCUAGAUCGCGACGUGACAGUGGACGAGAUCACUUCAUUCUUCGUCACAUAUAUGAAGAAUGACUGUCUCCCUACCAUCGCCCACGCCCACCUCGCCUGGGCAGACCGUCUCGACAACGGCGUAGAUGAGGAGAAAUGUAUUCGUCUGGCCCAACUUCACUCAGACGCGGUUGACUACAACAAGAACGGAACCCCGGCGCAUAUGACACGCAACCUUGAACCUAAACUCUGGCCCCAUUUCAUGGAGAAAAAGACCGAAAAAGUGUACAAGUCCGGGAAGAUUCUAGGCCAGCUAUAUGACGCCGUGGAACGGGUCAACUUUGUCCCCAGUCUAGAGAAGCCCUUUGACAGGCGGAUCCUGAACAGCCGGAUUCCGGUCGCAGAAGACCUCUACCAGUUCGCUAGAGACAUGAAGAAAGACUACGAUAUAGCGCUCCGUCGAAUCAUGGCGCAGCACGAGAUCAAAACCGAGUUCGAAGUCUGGUCGACCUUUGUCUUGUCCCACGCCAACAUGAGCAAGGACUACAAAUUCCACGAGGAGAUUGGCAUGCUGUCAUCUUCCCUCCGUGAAGGCUUUAAACGGGAAUGCUACGACAAAGUCGGGGGCCGUGGAUUUGAUCGCGUGGCGCCCCUCGCUCUGGCAAUGUACCGCAUUACGCAUGAGGAAAUGAACGCGGCCCUGGAAAAGCACCGCGCUGGAUUCUCGGAGGACGCGAAGAAUUUCCAGAAAACAGGCCCAAAGAUGGAUCAACUGCCGCUGAUCAGCUUUCCGUGGAUAUUUCCACGUGUUCUGGGACAGAUCGCUACCGGAUACUAUGACGAAGAGCCUGUGCCUGCGCCUGCGGCUGUUGAUCCGAAACCUGAACAAGUCGUCUCUGAAAAUUGUCAGAAUGGAACGACAGACAGGGAGAAGAAGCCCAACGAUGGCGCCUCGCCGGUCCCGUAUGAAGACCAUUUUGGGCUGUUCGAGGGGGAAGAAGUAGUCUCGCAGACAACUGUCCGUGAGGCGAUCCUUAAAGACGUCCUCAUGUCGAUGAUCAGGUGCAGCAGGGCAGCCAGGGCCCAGUUGGAGCCAAGGACUCGGUGGAUGAAACGGCCCACGACUCUGCAAAGAAAAGCCAUGAGCCCUCCACAGCUCCUGUUGAGCUCGUAG